GGGAGAGGAAGAAGCUUAGAAAUUAAAAGAAAAAAGAAAAGAAGAAGAAGAAAAUGGAUGGGUUUGAAGAUAAGAGAUGGAAUCUUCAAGGCAUGACUGCACUUGUUACCGGUGGAACGAAAGGGAUCGGGUAUGCAAUUGUGGAGGAAUUAGCUGGACUCGGAGCAAGAGUACAUACAUGCUCUCGAACUAUAACCGAGCUCAACGAUUGCUUACUCGAGUGGAAGGCAAAGGGUUUUCGAGUUACAGGUUCAGUGUGUGAUGUUUCGAAUCAAGCUCAAAGGGAAAAGCUAUUAAACGCAGUGUCCUCUGAGUUCAAUGGGGAGCUUAACAUCCUGGUAAAUAAUGUGGGAAUAAGUAUGGGGAAACUGGUGUCGGAUUACACGGCGGAAGAUAUUUCAAAGCUGACGAGCAUCAAUUUUGAAUCAGCUUAUAACAUUAGUGUAUUGGCACAUCCCCUUUUGAAAGCUUCACCCAAUGCAAGCAUUGUGUUUAUUUCUUCAGUUGCUGGUAUAUUACCUGUAUUUUUUGCACCUAUAUAUGGAGCCAACAAAGGGGCCAUGAACCAUCUUGCAAAAUACUUGGCAUGUGAUUGGGCAGGAGAUAAUAUUAGGGUUAAUACUAUUGCACCUGGAGUAAUCAAAACUCCCCUUAGUGAACAAUUUUUUGAUGAGAAAGAUGAAAGAUUAAAGGAAACCAUAAACCGAACACCAUUACGACGGCUUGGCCAGCCGAAGGAAGUGUCGGCUACGGUGGCUUUCCUGUGCUUACCGGCGGCUUCCUAUUUAACAGGGCAGAUUAUUUGUGUUGAUGGUGGGAUGACAGUGAAUGGCUUGAACUUUCCUAAAUAA